AUGUCAAGGGUUCCUAGUCCUUCACCUCUGGCAGAAAUGUCCAGUGGCCCUGUAGCUGAGAGCUGGUGCCACACACAGAUCCAGGUAGUGAAAUUCUCCCACAUGUGGACCAUCAGUAACUUUAGCUUUUGCAGGCAGGAAAUUGGUGAAUUCAUUCAAAGUUCAACCUUUUCAUCAGAAGCCAAUGAUCAACUGAAAUGGUGUUUGAGAGUAUACCCAAAAGGGCAAGAUGAAGAAAGCAAAGAUUACCUGUCACUUUUUCUGGUUCUGGUCAGUUCUCCAAAGACUAUAUUUUUUGCAAAAUUCCAAUUUUUUAUCCUGAUUGAUAAGGGAGAAGAAAUAUUCAAAAUUAAAUUCAACGAGGGUCACCAUGUGUAUAGAUUUGUACAAGGCAAAGACUGGGGAUUCAAGAAAUUCAUCCCUAGAGAUGUUCUCUUGGAUGAAGACAAUAGUCUUCUCCCUGAGGACAAGCUGACCCUCUUCUGUGAGGUUAGUGUGGUGCAAGAUUCCAUCACCAUUUCUGGCCAGAAUCAUAGGAAGAUGGUGAAGGUUCCUGAGUGCCAGCUGGCCAGUGAGCUAGGAGGACUUUGGGAGAAUUCCUGGUUCACAGACUGUUGCUUUUGUGUGGCUGGCCAGGAAUUCCAGGCUCACAAAGCUAUCUUAGCAGCUCGUUCUCCAGUGUUUAGGGCCAUGUUUGGACAUGUAAUGCAGGAGAGCAUAACGAAUCGGGUGGAAAUCAUUGACAUGGAGCCUGGAGUGUUUAAGGACAUGAUGUGCUUCAUCUACACGGGGAAGGCUCCCAACCUGGACAAGAUGGCUGAUGGUUUGCUGGCAGCUGCUGACAAGUAUGCCCUGGAGCGUUUGAAGGUCAUGUGUGAGGAAGCCCUCAGCAGUCAGCUGUCUGUGGAGAAUGCUGCAGAAAUGCUCACCUUGGCUGACUUCCACAGCGCAGAUCAAUUGAAAACUCAGGCAGUGGAUUUCAUCAAUUCUCAUGCUGAGGAUGUCAUGGAGACUGAGGGGUGGCAAGCGAUGGUGGCAUCCAAUCCCAGCUUGGUGACUGAGCUGUACCGCUCUCUGGCUUCAGCACAGGGCCGCUGUCUGGGACCCUCACGCAAGCGCCUGAAGCAAUCCUGA